AUGGAAAACAUGAUGAACGUUGAAAAUUUUGAUUUGCUACAGAAAGUGGAGGUAAGAACGUAAAACACGCGACUCAGCUCGUUUCAGCGCUCUUUUUAGCUUAAUAAAACCCUGUUCACACCAAAGGGGAGAAAAUUGUGAACUUAUUCUCGCUGCCUGUUCUUUCGUUCAAUCGUUACCGUUGAAUGUGAGUUAAUUUACAAAGUGAUAUCCGAAGUCUCGAACUUCCUUAAAGAUGCGACGCAUUCAUGAACUAAGCUUAUGGUUUUGUUGAUCAGUUAAGAGCUAACACGUUUUGUUGAUUUCUGUUCAGACCUUCAACAAUCUCUUCCAUGGUUUCCCGGCUGUUUUCCCUAGGAUGAGCGAUCUUGCGCUGUUGAACGGGAUGUUUCAUGCGGCAAAGCAGCCAUUAGUACCCGAAGGGACUCCUGUUCCUGGUUUUGAACGCCCAACACUUCACCAAAUGCCGUCUCAAGACAUUGCAUCAGGUAAAAAAAAUCAGAUUUUUUUUCGUUAACGUCUUCACUUAUCUCGGUAUCAAAACUUUCGCUCGCGAAAGCGGAAAAAUUGACGCACUUUCAUCUAACAUGCUAUGUUCGGUUUGUCUUGUUUCUCAGCUCUAGAAUACACGGAGGGACGAUCAUUCAUGGAAGAUCUAAAUGAAGCUCCAGAAACUAUUGAAGAAUUGUUUAAUGGCAGGCCUCAUCUCAGCUUUGAUCAGAGCGGUACGUGUUGUUUGUUUCGUUUAAUUUUCCGCUUUGGAAAAGCCCUUCAGCACCCCGCUGAGUUCUAGGAAAACCACGUUGUCAUUAUCAAAGCAAUUAUAUUAUGCUAAUGUGGUUUCGAAUCCCAAUUAUGGGCAGCUUGAUUGACAAUCUCUCUAGAGGUGAUUAAUUUUUGGGGGGUGUAAAGUACAAAAUAUCUUUUAGAACUCCUACACUUUCUCAAAACGUGUACAGGUCUUGUUUAUGAGAUGUUAAUUUUUGGCAAUUUCUUUUGCAGAUAUGGAUAACUUUCCCGACCUAUCUGUGUUUGAUCAACUUCAAGAAGAGCAUUCAUUCCAUGAACAGUACCCUUUGGCCCUACUGAACUUGAAGGAAGAAACAAAAUCUCCCAUGUCUUCUUGUGACUCUGUGUACAGUUAUUCAUCUGCAAGCCCUCCUCACAGCCCAGCUAUCAGUGACAUUAGUUCUCAAGCUUAUAGCACAGAUGAAGGAAUUCAGAGUGACUUCAGUGAUGUUGAAGGUUAGUUUUUAACCUUGUCUAUACCCAGACUCCAAAUUAAUACCUCAAAAGUUCUUUAGUAUGCAUUAUUUUGUUCUCUUAAUAUUAAAUUUUAUUGUUUUUUUUCUUUCAGAAUUGCUUAGCCCAGUUGCUUCACCACUGUCUACAUACAACGAAACAGAGAAGCAGCAAAUAGUUGUGAAAACCGAACCAAGUGAUGUCACAACCACCAAGACACAAAGAAGGAAGAGAGGACCCAAACCACCUGUGAAAUAUCGAGGUAGGAAUGAAAACAGGAAGUUUUAAGCUUUUGGGUUACGAGGAGGUGGGGGGGGGGGGGGGGGGGGGGUGGGUGGGGGGGGCAUUUUUUUAAAAACCUGUUUUUUCCAAAAAAUUUUCUACAAAAAAAAUGUUAUUUUUAAAAAAAAAAAAAAAAAAGAAAAAAAAAGUGGUAGAAGAACCGAACACAAGGAAGUCACAACACAAAAAACAAAAAAAGGAAGAAGGGGGCCCAACCCCGUGGCGAAAUUGCGGGGGGGGAAAGAAAAAGGGGGUUUUUUGUUUUUUGGGGGUGGGGGGGGGGGGGGGGGGGGGGGAGUUGUUGGUGUAGGCGGGCAUAUUUUUUCAACACCUGUUUUUCUCAUAAAUAUUUCACAGAAAUAAACUUGUUUUGUUGAUUUCCUUUAGGUGAUGGUCCGAUCCAGCUAUGGCAGUUUCUGUUGGAGCUGUUAAUUGAUCUAAGCUGUGGAAAUCUGAUCAAGUGGACCCAAGAUGAGGACUAUGAGUUUAAGAUCCUUCAGCCCACCACAGUUGCAAAGAUGUGGGGAAAGAAAAAGAAUAAGCCUACUAUGAACUAUGAGAAGCUGAGCCGUGGCCUGAGGUACUAUUAUGGCAAGAAUGUCAUUGAGAAAGUACAUGGCAAAAGAUAUGUUUACCAGUUCAUGUGCGAUAUCAAAGGCAUCCUUGGCUAUGACCCGAUGGUGAAGUGUGAAGAAGAUUCUGGUGCAGAAGAUGUGGUGUGUGGUGAACCAGUAAUGUCGCCUGAAGUUGAAGACCUACUUGUUUCGUCUUCAGUUGGAGAUGGCUUUUAUGCAGGGCCACUUGAUUUCAGUGCGCUUUGUGGUUACUAGUUCCCAUGUUUUUUUUUGUCGAUACCCAAAACGUUGUGUUUACUUCGGUAACGUUCGAGUAGCUUGUAUCAAGCACGGCAGUUAGCCAUUUUAUGAAUCAUGUUGAUUCGACUCCCCAAGUUAAAAUUUUCAUACUGUGUAUGCAUGCAAACAAACCAAGGUUAAAAGAUUGAUAGUUAUCUCUGGGAAGUUACCUAUCAUGACUGUAUAUAUCCCGUUUCAGUUUUUUCAUAGUGUUUUUGUGUUUACUCCGAGAAGAAUAAUAUAAAAGAAUUUUCCUAAAGUAAAAAAUAGUGUGCAUUGUUUUUUUUUUUAUAAAGGUUCAAGAAAAAAGUCAUUAUAUUCAACAUGGGGAAGUGAUAUGUGUUGCUUCUCCCUUUUUACCAUUAUUAUGUAAAAGUUGCUUCAGAAUGAUUAUGCUGAAAGGUUUGCAGAAAUGGAAGCAGUAUGUGUUGCUUCUUUCAAGAAUAUAUUGUAAAUUGAGAGUAUAUUGUAAAUUGCGCUAUCUAGUCAUAUUGAUUUUAAAUUUGCUCUUUUGCUACCAGGUAGCUCACACAGUACGUGCCAAAGUUGUAAUAGUUUAUCAUGAAAGCUGUGAAUUAAAACCAUGCAUUGAAAAAACCCAUGAGUUUGUUUUUACUGGUUGUGUUAGAUCAUUUGUGGGAACUGAUCCUUGUGUGAGAGAGUUGAAACUUAAAAAAAGGCCAACCAAAGAGGAAACCUACUUUGUGAUUGAAAUAUGACCAGAGAGAUUAAAAAGUAUGAAAAAAAAGUGCCAACAUUUUUCAUUAAAGCAGAGAAAACUAUGUUGGUGACUGGUACCCCUGGAUAGCCCCAAAAACCUAUUUAUAGGUUGUCUGAUGUGUGACCUCCUUUAUAAGUUUUAGGAGUAACUUUUUCCAACCCCCUCAGCUGUGAUAACUUGAUAGACAAGGAAACAGCAAUGUCAAAUUCAUCAGGUUUGGUAGCCAAUGGCUUGAGCUUCUUGGUAUUCUCUUUCUGGCUUACACGCAUGCUAAUGCUUUUUCAUCCAUAUCUCCUGCCCUCAGCAAGCUUCAUUGCCUGUUGUAGCACGACAAAUUCACGAGGAAUAGUGUGAAGAGUAUGCAGGGAUUUUCUUAGUACCCAUCUCCUCCACCCCCUCUGGUCCGCUUGAACAACUCAUCCCCUAUUUUACCAGAAUAAACAGAAUAAAAAUGCAGUAAACUCCCCUGCAUAUGCAUCUUCGUAAGGGGUUUUAGCAGGACUUCGGGGGGGGGGGGGGGGGUUUUGGGGGGGAAAAAAAAAAGGCGAGCGGGGAAAAAACGGGUUUUUUUUUUGUUGUUUUUUUAACCGCAUUUUUGUUUUUUUUCUUUUUAAAAAUAAAGGGGAAAAAAAACAAGGAAAAAUAUAAUAAAAAAACGUUUUUAUUUUUGUUUGUAGGGGGGGGGGGGGGGGGGGGGGGGGGUCUUAUGAGUGGAAAAGAAAAAGCGCAGCGCUGAUAACAUGCGUUUGUUAUUUCUGAUGUCUGUAACCGCAGUUUAUGUGUUAUUCCUUUUAAAACUAAGAUGGACAAAAACCAAGAGCAUAUAUGAUCAAAAUACGUUUUGUAUUUACUGUUCUGGUUUUUUAUUAAGCUUCAAAACUUCCGUUACAUACAUUUUUUUUGUGGGGAGGGGGGGAGGGGGCUUUUAUCCGGGGUUCAAUACAUUUGGAGGGGGCUUCUAUCCGUAGUUUAUUUUUUUGUUCUGCAGGUCGACGGCCCUCGGCUGGCGGGGGGGCGGAGGGUGGGGGUCGGGGUGCUAAGAAGCGGAAGUUUUAUACGUUUCAGUCGACGAGAGUAAAUAUAUGGCUUCGGCUUGAACGACAGCUGCAUGUGUCUUCAAUGUCAACAUCGAUAUAUUCUAAGAGUCUUCAUUUAAUUAUUAUUCUUUUUAAUUAUAGGAACAGGAAGAAGUAGGAAAUUGCUUCUCUGUUUUUUGGUUGUUUUUUUCUUAUGAAUACUAGGCGCAUUUUAUUGCAGUUUGAGACCGAUUAAUUACAUGGACGUGGAUUCUUUUCAGUUAGCUUUCUCCUAACUUGAGCAAAUUUACUUUAGUUCUUAGAAUUCAUUUGAAAUAGGACCUUACCCCCACCAUCCAUGUCAGUUUUUUGCACUAUCUUCCAAUCUCCAUUCGCUUUUUGCUUCAACUAUCCUCAGAACGAGGCUGAGUGAAAAGAGGAAGUUGGUGUGACGUCACAUACAGUUUAUUGCCAGGUGUAGCACGUUUUGCUCUUCUUGCUUCAAAAGUGGGAAGAAAUCUCGCAAAAGGUACAAGAAAAUUUCAAUUUUGUGUCUGAGGCAAGUGGUACAUUACACGAGCAUUUCAUUUUGUGGCGUUUGAAGCGAUAACAACGAUCGAUUUGGGGGAGAAUUUAAGGCAGCUUCCGGCGGAAAGAUGAGUGAGGUAAGAUCGAGUUCGGCGUCGGUUUCGUUGAACGGAAAUUACCCUUUGCAGUACAAAUUCUUCUUUCUCGAGCAAAAUACGACAAGAAAAGUAAUAAGUACUAAUUCCUACGAUAUCUACGCAACGUUUCUUACCAGCUGUUGUGUUUUUACAGCGAUCUUAAAACGAUUUUUGGCAUCAAAGGAAGUAAAGUUGUGAGUUUGAUCAUUCACGCUCAAAACAGGAAAGACGAGGUAAGCUUAUCUUCCCGGGCGCCCAGUAAGCCAACAUAAAGUUGCAGGUAUUACAUUCUCAUAACUGUAACAAACCAUACCCUUUUAUUUAACUGGCUUACUUUUUUUCGCAUUUAUUUGUUUGCGUUUCGUUCUCCGCAAAUACAAAAGGACUAAAGAUAAACUGAGAAGACAGAUCAAAUCGAAGUUCGAAACGUGUUUAUGGCGGGAAAGCUGUCGUCAACUGUCCAUUUUUGUUCAUUUAUUAAUACUGAAAGUAUUGGUUUUGAUUUUGUGUGUUACUUCAAAAAGUGAAUACCGUUCAUGAAAAUCACACAUCUAGCAAAUUGUUCUCGUGGAAACAUGCACGUUUCUGAUCAUAGUAACUAAGUACACAAAAGAAGGGGAGAUGCGGUUUAAUUUCCAUCUCCACACGAGAUGUCAACAGAAAAAAAGGUGGAAAUAUCACCUGUUUUCUACUGUUCAUUGGUGAUGUAAAAGUAUAUUCUAUUUUCACCAUGAUUUUAUACUCCCCCUGGUUUAGUGGAUAACCCAGUCAGUGAUCAGUGAAGAUUGGAUUUUAUAUGAAUAAUUUCAGACAUAAUGUUAUUCAUUUGACACCUGAAAAAUAUUUCAUAAAACUGAUUACCACUCUUCAUUUGUCAGAUGUAUGGUAACCGGAGUCAUCUUGCCUGAAGUUAUGUCACCCAAAAUUUUUAGUUGUCUCUUGAGAUGCUGAGUUAUUUUACCCGAAUUUUAACAGGUGUACUACAUAGAGAAUGAAAGUGAUAGGGAUGUUUGGAUGUUGUUGAGCACAAUAACAUUUUGGGCGACAUCACUCAGCAUUUUGGGUGACCUACAUUUUCAGGGGUGUAGCCAGUCUUUUUCCAGAGGAACGCACAAGUUUUCAAAUCCCUCUAGUCCCUUCUCACUUUACAGUAACGUAGUCAUGCUUUUCAUGCUUUUUUUUGCUGCUAUUCACACUUUUUUGCACGUUUCUUCACUGACAUUUGGGUGUUAAAAGGAAAAGGUCCAUUGUUUUUGAAAAAUGUAUUUCAAAGAAACACAUAGAGUUAGAUGAAUAUUGAGGAAUAUUGUGCUUUUUAAAUUUAUUUACUUUCUUCAGAUAAUUGGCAUUUUUAUUUUAUAUUAUUAUAUUUUUUAGUCUUGACUUUUUUAGGUACGGAUGUGCGUACCUUGCGUACUGGUAGCUAUGCCUUGGAGUCUGUAGCUAAAAAUUUUGGGCAUCAAAACUCUAGUUUCAGGCAACAUAAUUUUGAGUGAGAUGACUCUCCGGCGACUUUACCAUGAACCAGAUGUACAACAUGUACAGGGUAUACGAAUUAAGGUUAUUUAACUAUUAUUCUUUGAGCCCAAAUGGGCUCUGAGGCUAUAGACCGUUAGGCUGAAGGUGGAAUGGGCUAUUAACUCAGAGGCCAUGAGUUGUUAUUGUUUUAGUAAAAUCCAACUAGCUGGUCAAAAAUAUCAAGGCAGACAACUUUAGCUGGUUAAAGCUAGACUUAAAGCCAUUGUUUUGGUUUUCAUAGCCGGCACUUUUCACUGCUAGUGGGCUAUAAAAUAUAGCCCAGUAGUAGCUAGACCAGUCAGAAUGCAGCAUUGAUAAUAGACCACUAGUUGGAUUUUACUUAAGUCAAUUACAUUGCACUGAACUGGUAAAGAAGAUUUCAAUCAAGAUGUUAUGAAAAUUGGUUUAUACACGAUCAGGCUGGGUAUUGAUUGUUGUUAAAUAUUGUUGUUGUUGUGGUUUGGUUGUGCAUGAACACAAUGUGAACAGAAAAAAUUUGCAAAAUUUCUGAAGCAUUUCAUCCCAGGAGACUAGCAACUGCUUUUUAAGCAGUUCAAAAAUUGGACUAAGUGUGCAUGAGAUAGCUUGAAAGCAUGGAAAGAGCUUUAAUGUAGGCACUGGACUUAUACUGUCAGAUUUUUAAAAUGUGAAUUUAUUCUGCAGAUAUUCCUUGCAGAAAAGUCUUGUUUUAUAAUAGAUGCAGUGUUUUUUUUUACUUAUUUUGCAGCAAUUUAUUACUGGCUAUUGAUAUUUUGUGUUAUACCCCUGUCAAGGUAGAUUUUCAGUGAUGACAGAAUCUGGGAAUGAAUUGGUCCCUGAGGAAGGCCUUCAAGGGAACGUUGCUGUACCAGAGGGGGGUCCCCAGAGAAACUUAUCGGUACAGUUACAGUGUCGUGCAUCAAGUUCAGCUGAGGAAGUGAGAAAGCUUUUAGAAGAGAAACUAAACAGACAUCUGGAUGGUUAUACACUGGUGUUUAAUAACUCUGAGGUAUAGAAUGCCAUUGAUUUUAGUUUUGUUUUGAGGGGUAGUUCAUAUGCGGCACAAACACAAGUGGCAGCACGAAAAAAUCAAGUGUGCAAACACAUGCACAAGGGCCAAUGUAAGAAAUGCCAUUGCUUUUGGCAUUUGUGCUUGUAUUUGCAUUUCACAUUCUUGAACUGAGACAAGACCAGUCAAGUCACAAGAGCAAGGUAAAAAAUUUUCAGCAACUUUGGCCAUGUUAGGUUGCCCGAUGCAUGCAUACCUCAUGCAUUUGCAUUAGCCAUAUGAACAUAUCUUGUGCUUGUACCAUUGUCUUGUGUUUGUAUUGCUUGUAUUCGAACAGCAAGUGUCAGAUCUUGAUUUGUUAUUGUCCAGUAUGUGUAUUGUCAUCUUUUAUUGUUUUCUUUUUGCUUUAAAAAUAAAUGUCCCAUAUGUGUAGAUUUCCUGAAGAUCAACUGAGACCAUCAAAAAAAUAAAAUGUUUUUUUUUUUUUCAUUUACACAUAGCUGACAACUGUCCAGGAUAUUUUAAAGGUUCAGAGUCUUGUAGAGCAAGAUUGUGAUCAAAUACUUACUGUUAUCAUCAAUGGUGAGUUAAUAUUUAAUACAAAUUCUAUAUUAAUUAUAAGUGGCCCAGCUCUGUCAUACUUCUAGCCCCUUGUAAAAAAUGUGAAAACAAAGUUUGAAUAGCCUUUAACUAGCAGCCUGUGUUUUGAAUUUCCCUUUAACCUGAUUCGCAAAUAGACAGUGGCAUUUUUGACAGGCUAAUCAUGAUGUCUACUAAAAUCCUGGUACCCAGCUGACUAUGGCGGCCCAGAACAAGGAUUUCGGCACUAGUUCGCCGACAGACUUUUCCAGAAGUUUAGUUUUACUUGUGGCACAGGCUAAACAGCAGUGUCUGAACCCUUUUGGUCCUAAGGGUGACCAACAUGAAUUUUCUCCUGACAACAUCAGCAGAUCAUCAAGAGUAAAGGCUAUGAGAAUUACUAAAUUAAUGACCAAAGGGAGAAUGCUUUGAUCUUAAAGCAAAUUCUCUCAACUAUUCUUAAAAGAAAUGUAUCGAGAUCAUUCUGGAGAAUUUGUAUGUGAAUCUUGGGGCUUAAAUGGUUAAGACACGUUGACACAUUGGAAUCUACCUCUAUUUUUCCACUGGCACCUGGACAACUAAUGAAAUUUGUUUCAAGUUUUUGAACGAGGGGUGCUCAGAGUAAAGCCCCAUAUUUUGAUUUCUGAUAAACCGUGAGAUUCUCCUUUGACCUUCCAACUUGCCUUGGUAUUAUUUAUUGCUUGUGAAUCAAAGGUCAAACUUGACCUUAGAACAGGAGUCGCUUGGCGCCUUAUUCCAUGCGCCCUUAUUUUGAAAUGAUAGAUUAAAUACCAGUUAGUAAACAAGUCUUGCUUGUAAUGAAACUGUCCCUGCCUAUACCUUACCAUAAUUAUAUUAUACUUUUUUUCACCAGAUGAGAAUUUCAGGAUAGAAAUUACAAGUAUUCAGGAUCCCAUGGAAGGUAGUGUUGCAAACGAUGUUACUAUGUGUUAUUAUUUUUCAAGUGGGGAUCAUUGUGAAAAACAAACUUCAAGAAUAAAAGAGAUUUAUUGUAUAUGUAGUAGAAAUGCUGCCAUUGCCAGCUGAGGAGUCUGAAGUCAAAACAAACAGCAGUGAAGUCAUGUCACCACCAGCACUAACAGAUGAACCACCCAAAAAGAGACGGCGGUCUUCAGGAUCAGGCAGCACCAAAGGUACUAAAAUCAGGAUGCGAGAAUAGGUGAUGAUGAUGAUGAUGAUGGGUAGGGCAAGUGAAGGAUCAAAGCUAUUGUACUCGUCGCUACAAAACACUAGUAUUGUUGUGUUACCCCAUCUUCAAUACUGAGACUUUUUAUUACUCUUUUAAAAAAAAUCUGGGAUGCAACAUUUGGGAAGGAUAUAGGAAAGGAGAUAGAGAAGUGGGCUGAGAUACUCUUGUAUAUAGUGUUUCAACAAUUCAACUUGUGAAAUAGCUACAAAUUUAGAGUUUCUAAUGUAUUUUUAGUUAUUCCACAACACAACCUUUUUUAAGUCACAAGGUAGCAUUAGCAAGAGACUCUUGCAGAAGCAUGUACCAACUGUAUGUCAUAAGUUUACUGGAUCAUAUUUCUAUAGAAAUUAUCCAAAGUUCAAAGAUCUGAAAUACUUGAGAGUAUUAAUUUUAUUGGGAAUACUGCUAUGGCCUUUGGUUUAUUUAUCUCAGAUUUCAUCUCCCCUUACCCCCCACCCCCCUCCUGUACUAUUUUGCAGUUCAUUAACGUAUGAGAAAUAAUUGUGGUGUGCAAGUGGUUUUCUUAAUCUAAAAGAUGUUAUUUGGAAGGGAGAGAUUCCACCAGUAUGUUUAUUCAGUAUCUGUAGAAGAGUUUUUGUCAGAUUUUAACCUUGGUUGAUUCUCCUUUUCCUUUGUCUCCUAACCCAAAUUAUUCUUGAAUUAUGGCUAGGAGAGAAAUGAAAUUGAGAAUCAAUCUAGGUUAAGAAUUAACCUUAAUGAUAGUUUUUGACCCACAGUACUCAGGGGUGGAUCCAGGAUUUUACAUGAGUGAUUUGCACCAACUAAACUAAGGGGGUUUGAAGGCAUGCUCCCCCAAGAAAAUUUGAAAUUUAGUGCUCUCAAACUGCCNAAGAGACUCUUGCAGAAGCAUGUACCAACUGUAUGUCAUAAGUUUACUGGAUCAUAUUUCUAUAGAAAUUAUCCAAAGUUCAAAGAUCUGAAAUACUUGAGAGUAUUAAUUUUAUUGGGAAUACUGCUAUGACCUUUGGUUUAUUUAUCUCAGAUUUCACCACCCCCGCCCUGUACUAUUUUGCAGUUCAUUAAUGUAUGAGAAAUAAUUAUGGUGUGCAAGUCGUUUUCUUAAUCUAAAAAAUGUUAUUUGGAAGGGAGAGAUUCCAUCAGUAUGUUUAUUCAGUAUCUGUAGAAGAGUUUUUGUCAGAUUUUAACCUUGGUUGAUUCUCCUUUUCCUUUGUCUCCUAACCCAAAUUAUUCUUGAAUUAUGGCCAGGAGAGAAAUGAAAUUGAGAUUCAAUCUAGAAAUUAACCUUAAUGAUAGUUUUUGACCUACAGUACUACAUAGGUGUGAUAAUAACAUUGAUCGUCGAUAAAAAUGAAAUUAUUGUAAAUGAAAACAAUAUUAUUGUAAUGAAAUGUUUCAGGUGCCAGCAGCAGUAAGUCUUCUUUACCAGCUCCAGGAUCCCAACAAGUGGCAGUUAUCACUGAAAGUGAGCGAAACAACUUUUGUUUUGGCUUGUUAUAUGGAUAGAUAAGGAUAAAGAUGGGUGUUAUUUCAAAUGUUUAAGAUUUGAAGAUGCCAUUCUGAAAAAUAGUAAUUGUUAGAUGUUUCAAGGAUUACAUGUGAUAUAGGUACAGUUAGACCCUGUAUGUUUUUACUGUUGUAGGUAGCUCUCAAGGACAGCAGAUUUCUGUGAUAAAAAAUGGUAGGUAUAAAUAAAAACUUAAUUUCCUUCUGCCUGGUAAUCUUAGCCUAUAUACUGGUUUGAUUUAUUUUUGUUAGUUUCAUAUGUGUAAACUUGAGAAACUGAAGUAGCAUGUUGCAAAAAAUUCACAAUGAACAUCAAAUUUUGAUGCAGUUUAUCUUCAAGGUGUUUCUUUGUUCAUGGUAAACUUAUUACGACAUACUCAAUAUCUUUACAUGCGCUUUGCCCAUUGUAUGAUGUUUUGUAUCCACAUUCAAAUAUUAACUUAAAUGUCAGUCUAGGCAAUGGAAGUGAAGACGUUUUGCAACAAUUUUUUGACUUUUAUACCUCUUUAAAUAUGUUUGGUUUCUUCUCAUGGUACAGGUUUUGAAAGUUCUGCUUCAAAAGAUGACUCGACUCUGAUGGACAUAACUCAGUCUCCCUCAGGAUUCUCCUUAAAAGGUCAGUUUCCACAAAAAAAAAUGAUGAGAAAAAUAUCGUAUUUUUCUACUCUUAUUUGAAGGGUACAGAUCUGGCUUUUUGUGGUGUAUUUGGUGGCCUUUUUUUGUCUGCUACCUCUGAGAAAAGGUAACCAAAGACAUUUUUAAAGCAGGGUUCGCACGCACCUUGAAAGUCCUUGAAAAUUGUAGUCGGUGAUGGAAAGUCCUUGAAUUACAAUGCUAACUUUAUAGUUUAAGUAGAACUCCAAAGAGAAAGGAGCAAACACAGAGACCUUCGCAACAAAAUUGCUCAUGUUGUGGAAGAGCUAAGAAAGACAUAGACUCAAGGCUCUUUUUUUGCACAAAAUGGAGUCCUUGAAAAAUGGGAAAUGUGUACCUGAAAGUUCUUGAAAAGUCCUUGAAUUUUUUUUUAAAAAAGGGUACAAACCCUGUUAAGGCUACUUUUUAACUUUUUGCUGGUUUACUUGACACAGGUUUGGCUGGUAUAACAUCUGAACAGCAAACAGUAAUUCUGAAUGCAUCCCCACAGAACAGUCCUGGAGAAGUGAAGUCUCCUACUGCUGCUGGUAAGGUGUUUUGGUUAUUUAAAGAUUUAUUAGCUGUACAUUUCUGGCCUUGAGGAUGACUUCUUGAACUUUUGCAUAAUUUACAGAUGUUGUUAGUGGGGACGAUGAAGAGAAGAGCAAGAGUAUGGAUGGAAAACCGACUCCUGGAAAUAGAUCAGGUAGAAAGAAAAACCUUUCAAUAAUAAUAAUAAUAAUAAUAAUAAUAAUAUGCUAUAAAAAAUUGCGUUAAAACAUUUCUUAAAAACAUUUGAGCAAGUUUUAAAAAAGUUAAAAAAUAUACGAUGUUCUUGGAUGUCAUUAUCAAGUAAAAAAAUACAGUAUGAAUGUUCUAUAAAUACAAGAAAAACAAUAGUUCAUUAAAAAGGAAAGUAAGAAAAAAAAGAGUUUAGCACUGGUGGACUCAGAGUGACAUGAUUUGCUUGGUCAUUUGGGUUGUAAGGGUACGCUGUAAAUCACAGAGGCUACUUUUUCUUGAUAUGUUUCAGUGAGUUAUUUCUUAAUGGCAGAGAAUAAACAGCAGACUCUCUGCAGCUGCUGGUGGACAGUGGGGGUGGGGGUGGGGGGUAGGGUUAGGCAUUUAUGCCACUGCACUCCUGUUUUAGUUAUAACAUACAUCUGUUGAUUCAUUCCUUUUUUGAUUCAUGCCUAGGUAACAAUGGCCAAAUCCAGUUAUGGCAGUUUUUGUUGGAGUUAUUAACAGACAAAAGCAGUCGUCACCUAAUAAUGUGGGUGGGAGAGAAUGGUGAAUUUAAACUUAAUGAUCCAGAACAAGUGGCUCAGCAAUGGGGAAGAAGGAAAAACAAACCUGCUAUGAAUUACGAGAAGCUGAGCAGAGCACUGAGAUAUUACUAUGAUGGUGACAUGAUACACAAAGUGCAUGGAAAGAGGUUUGUUGAGAAAUUAAGCAGUGCAGAAACUCAAAAUUGAAGAAAAAUCCCAUGAUAUUUAAUAACAAGAUGCUAAAAACAAGGAGCACCAUGGAAAAGUGCUGAUGAAAAGUUAUAGCCACUUUAUACAGAGUAAUAAUCAUUAGUAUGACAAACUACGGAUUAUUUCAUCCCUAAAGUCACCAACACCUUGUACAGCGUAAUAAAGAGUACCAUAUGAAAGUUCUGCUCAGCAGCUUUCAUUUGAAUAGUUACAUUUCAGUACAUUGUAUUUCAUCCCCAAAGUCAACCACCUUGUACAACAUAAUAAAUAGCACCAAAGGAAUGUACUGCUCAGCAGCUUUCAUUUCAGUGGUCUCACAAUAGGAUUUCUUCCACAGAUUCAAAAGCUACAACCUCAUUGUACAACAUAUGUUAUAAUAAACAUUAUUAAAAACUGAAUCAUUGGAUAAUGCAAUUCUAGAGCUCUGAUUGGUUUAGCCAUCAUGGUAUAUGAGCCACUAUACCAUGCUCUCCACAUAUGGUAACUGUACGCAUCUGCUCAAAUUAAAUACAAGCUGAAAAUUGAUUGUUUUUACAAAUAACGUUGGGAAGAAUUCUCGAUAUUUUGUGGACGUUAUUAAUAAAACAAUUUAUUAUUCCACGCGCGCUUGUUGGAUAUGAGAUGAUUAUAGCCAACUCAUAUCCAACGCGCAGUUGUGGAAUAAUUAUUGUUAAGAACUAUAGGGAAGUGCUGCUACGGUCAUACACAGGUAUGAAACAGACAGCUUCACUGAUAAUGCUGUCAGUGUAUCUAAUAAUAUCCUUAUCUGAAAGAAAGCUUGUUUGUUUUAGGUUUGUGUACAAGUUUGUGUGUGACCUGAAAAACUUGUUGGGAUACAGUGCAGGCGAACUUAGUAGACUUGUGUUGGAAGCGGAGGAAACAGCCAAUGAACUGGAGCCUGGGACCAAUGGUGGACAUUAGCUUGUUUAUUGUUUGUGUAAAGAGGUUAACUGUAAAUAGUAAUAUUGUAACACGUCUUAUACUGUGUUUAUUUUCCAUCCUUGGAAAUUAUGUAUUGUAAGCCACAACGACAAUCUUGUUUUAUUUCCCUUUGGCCACAGUCAAAUGUCUCCACAUUCACAACCCUGUGUAAGUGUGUUGUAGGUAGGAGGCCAUUGUAAAAACAAGAGUCAGUUGCUGGUAGUACUUUAAGCUCCUACAUUCACAUACAAAAUAAUUCUCAUGACUGACCUCCUUAAAGAAUUAGUCGGGAGAAUUUGUUUAACAAUCAAAGCAGAAUUAUUCCUUUAGGUGAUCAUUGUAUUAAUUCUCAGAACCUUUUGUUUUGACUGUGCAGUGAUAUUGUUAGGAGAAAACUGAUGUUAAUCACUCUUGGGGCUUAAAGGGGUAAUGCAUUUUCUUGGACAAAAAAGUGCGGCAGUUGUGGACAGGUCUUCUUUGUAGAGAAGUGACCAUAGCUAACCUAGCAAUAGACAUCUUUGUAAAGCCUUUAAUUUUGUCUUUUUGUCAAACUAUCCUUUCACUUUCUCCUAAAAUAAAAAUGGGGUAGAAGAGGACGUUAGUGGCACCUUAAUUAGCACAUUUUUAGUCAUAAUACUGUCAUGCAAUGCCUCUCAUGUCUUGUAUGACAAUUUGUGAUGUCCAGCCAGGAUGCCUAUUCUGAAAACCUUAGGUAACACCAUAUUUUGUGUCAUGAUUUGCCGUUUCUAACCCAGUUAGACACCUCACUUAAUGUCUCAUGAUGCAUUUUAUGGUUUCUGCAAACAAUCAUGCAUCUCAGACCUUUCUUUAGGACUUAGCAAAUGCCUUUUUUUUAAUAUUUACGUGAGCUUAGCAUCUAGGCAAAGUUUCAGACCUAAGAGUGAAUUUUUGUGGUAUUUAAAUAGUCACAGUGGCAGAAAAAAAUGUUUUAUAAAAUGUACUGCAAUUCAGUAUUCUUGAAAGAAUUAAAGCAAAAACAAAUUAAUUUUUUUUAGAUGGUUAGAGUUCUACUCAUUAUGGUCACUUAAGUGUUACUGUGUAAACCAAAUAAUGCCCAGCAAUCUAGCGUGAAUUGUGUGCUGUAAUAUCGAUAAGUUAUUCUUAAAUUCUAUUAUUUUAA